CCUGGGAUGUGGCGUUGAAAAGCGGUGACUAUGCUCCCAAGAGCUGUUGGGAGCACAGCCCACUGUUGACCGGUAAGCUACUCGAUCCCUGGCAACCUACCGCCACCUGCACGGGGGAAGGGCACAAGGGCACAAGGCUGAAGCGCCACCUUCUCUACAGUAUAACCAUAAAGUUGCUUCAUCCUCGAAAAUACUGGAAUAAACACAUUCCAAUUCAUAUUCAGCAGUGCCUUCGGGACAGCCAAUCAGCAAGAUGCCAAGCUUCGUCACGCGCUCUCUAGGCCGCACGGAUCAUGGAGUUGCUCAUGCCACGUCAGUUUCUGCGCAGUCACAAAUCAUCCUUAUGUACAUCCGCACCGUAUCGCUUCCUGUUUGCGCAAUGCAGUCAUCGAAACAAGGGCAGGCAGAGAGCUCGUCGAAGGAGCUUGAGACUCUAGUAUCGAAGUUGAAAGGUGAUACGUUGCAACAAUUUGCGCGCACUGUCGAAAUUCAGUCAUCGUAUAUCACUUUCAACGUUGAAAGACACACGGAAAUUAUUACAUAUAUGAAGAACAACUCGGAGUCAACGUUCUCUCAUGUGUUUGGUGCAGUCCUCGGACCCGGCACUACGGUCUUCUCUGGGCCGUACUCGUACACCAUCGUCGUCGUCGACUCGGUGGAUCGUCCUGAAUACGUCGUGGGAGGAAAAGACCCUGGCAAUUCAAUCCUGUUUCAUGGCCCCCAGGGCCUCGCUGUCGAAGUUAAAGGCGGGAGGCUUGUGUCCGUAGUAUUCGGCUGGAAGAAGUAACUCGAAAACGGACCAAGCUCAGAGUUCGGAAUGCUCUCAAUAACUCCAUAUGGGAAAAGGUUUCCUAUCGCUCCCCCAUUAUUCAAUCCAGCAUCAUUAAGCACACCUGGGUUUAUCCCAUUGUCUGUGACAUUGUUGCCCACCAUUGUGUCGUAGUUGUUUGUUCCCCCC